GGGUUAAGUUUGUUAAGUUUUAAUAAAACUUAAAGGGUUUAAAAUCUAAAGGUUCAGUUGUAAAAUUUCAAAUAUGCUUUUUCGUUCAAAUUAAUUAUUACUGAUUUAUUUAGAGAGUACAUAUUAGACUCCAGAGGAGUUGUGUGAUGUGCACGUUGGCAACACAGGGAGAAAUCAUGUAAUCAGUUUCAGCUUGUAGAACCAGGGCUAACGUGUUUUCAUUCACUGUAAAAAAAAAAAAAAAAGAUGCACAAAGCUACCUUCAUUAUUGUUUUUCUCAGUGAGCGCACUGAGAACAGAAUGCAGAUCAGUAAGCACCUAUUAUUGAGCUAUUUAUUCAGAGUAAUGAUAAAGCGAGAUUAAAACGACUUCUAUUUCUAUUUGUUUUCUUUGUUUAAAAAUUCUAAUUUGUCACACAAACUGCAUACAAAUCUCUGAAUUUUUUACUUUUUAAUUUGAUCAUGUACUUUACAUAUUAAAAUGAACACAACAGAAUUCCAAAAUGAUUAUUAACAGAAAAGAGUCAAUACAUCAGCAGAAAUAGACACUUUUUGGCAUCAACCAUGAAGGGUUGAUUGAUUUUUUAUCUGUUUUAUUGAGUAAUUGUGACACUUCUGUAAUCAAAGACUUUUCAGGAUUCUCCAACUUUACUUAUGCAAAGAUUAAUGAGCUGGAAUUUGACUCUACUUUCGGUCUCCAUGGAGAUUUUUGUGGACGUGUUAUUUUAACGGUCCAGUUUGGAUCACUUUAGUAGUUAUAGUGGUCUGAAUGAAUAGGAUAGUGAUCUGAAUGGGUCAGGUCAUCUAUGGCUCUGGACUAUUUCAGUGUUGUGUCUUUUUAGGUAAUUUUGAAUAACUUCUGAAAGUGAAUUUCAUUCUUCUCCCUAAAGGGGAUGAUGUUUCUUACCACUGCUGUGUAUUUAAUAGAGCAGAAUGUGACCUGUGUUGACCUGUGUUGUGUUGUGUUAUUUGCAUAUAAGAUAUGUGUUAGGUAUGUGCGUUGGUAUGCGAGUCCUCUUGCCCCCCUGCAUGUCCAGGGACCCUCCUGGGGCUUCAUUAGCAUUGGCCAGUUAAUGAUUCCUAAACCUUGGCUGACCUUCCUGGAUUCUUCCAGACACCUUGUGUAAAAAAACUCCUUUUUCUCUGCUGUGCCAGGAGAAGGGGAUUUGAAGUCUUAACUUUCCCCAGUAUAAAAAAAGAGGGAGUACGGUGUGUCGAAAUAAUCUACCUUCAAACACACUCACAGUCAUCAGUGACUACCUCUUCCCAUCACCUCAGUCUUGUGCUAUCUCAGGAGUCAUUUUCAGGAGUGGGUCAAUUAUUCAUUUUUUUGUCCGUUUUUUUUCCAUUUUUGUGGCAUUGAGAUUACUUUUUACCAGUUUUCCUAAAAGAAGGAUUGCUUUUACCUGUUCUUUUUGAACGAGAAGUUUCAUAAAACAAACACAAACAAAAGAAAAGAACAUGGACUCAGACUCAGAUUCUCCUUUUAAUUACUCCUGGCCCUCCUUUCCCAGAAUGAGGAUUCGGAAACGGACGCCAAAACCAGAGAAGCCGUGCUCCUCUCCUGGCUCCUGCUCUCCAUUCCAGCUUCAUUCCACACACACUGCUGCUGCCAGACUCACUGCCAUGCUCAGCCGCUCCGGAAAGGUCCCGCUGCCUCUCUGCGAUGAUGACCUCAACAAGAAGUACAGCAUCGCUGGAGUGACAGGAGACAGUUCAAGGACAGACAGUGGGGUAUGGCUUGGGUCGGGGACAGAGACCUCUUCACCAGGUGCAAUGGACUCACCCCUGCCUGUUAAAGAGGAGGAGGGGCCUAAGGAAAAGCCUCCCUUCUCUCGCCCUUUCUCUCCAUCGUUCACUCACUUCUCCCCCACUUCCCCAGCAGGACUGGUGCUAGACAGAUUUCUUCGCAGCACACGUCCCUCUGAACUGACCUACAACAGCGCAGGUUCGCCUCCAGAGUCAUACGAACUUAGCCCGAGUCUUGUGGCCUUGGAAAUGGACAGUGAAGAAGAAGAUGAUGAUUUCCUCAUGAAGAAGCCCCUUCCCCAGAUAUCCUCUGACCUUAAAACCAAUGGAGAGGAAAGGGACAGCUUUAAUCCCACCCCUGACCUCACAUGCAUCCGCUCUCACUCUGCCUCUUCAGCCUGUAACCCUGCGUCUUCAAAGGAGUCUGUUGAUCAAGGAGGUCGUCUUCGUUCAUAUUCUUACUCAUCCCCCAAAAUCAGCCUGCUGCCCCCUCGUUUUAGCCGUGAUGUCCAGCCCCCAUCUGCUGACCUCAGCCAAGAUGGUGCCCUCUCCAGCAGCAGUGGCAGCAGAUCUCUCCUACAGGCUCUGUCUCUGUCUAAAUCUCUGUCUCUGCUCAAUCCUGUUAAACAGCGUGCAUUCAGCUUAACAGAACAGCCACAAGAAAAGAGGGAGUUAAAGUUCCGUAGACGUGCUCAGUCAGCCGACGAUGAGUCCAGCGUCGAGCUGGAAGACUCCCUCCAGCACCUCACGCUCUCCGAAUUCCUCAAAGAAAUCGAAGAGGAAGAAUGGGACCGGUAUAUUAUCCCUUCUAAGACAGAGUCUGAGAAAUACAAAGUCAGCCGCACCUUCAGUUUCAUCAAGAGCCGAAUGUAUAGCACACGCAAGAAUAAGGGGAAAGCAAAAGAGAGGGAAGCCAAAGAAAAACAGGGGAACGGCCACCAGUUUACAGCAGGACCUGGCCAAGGGUCUUCAGUGUGUGAGGUGUGCGACAAGCCUGCUGCUGGGAAAGAAACCCUACACUGCACUAACUGUGCUGUGAUCAUCCACAAAGGCUGUAAAGAUUCUGCAACACAGUGUCUUAAGAAAGUUCAGGAUAAAUACGCUGUUUCCAUGGCGAAGACCAGAGCAGCCACCCUCCCUCAGAACUUCACAGUGCGAGAAACUGCCUCAUCUUCACCAAUGGCCACUUCAGCCUCCCUCCCAGUGCCCCCAUGGGACAGGAAAGACAUGACCCCUCUGCCCUGCCCGCUCUCCAGGAGUGUUCCUUUAGUCCCGGAGAGGCUUGCUGAGAGUCCAGAGGGAGACAAUGACUCCUCCUCAUGGAGGACUCCUCUCCAGUCAGAAGAGCUGCAGACAGUGGAAUCCUCCACGUCCACAGAGUCCUCACUCGUGGAAGACACAGUGGACGCUCCUUUACAGAAUGAGUUGGAGGCAGAUGCUCAGGAUUUGGAGGCAGAGUCUUGGAGUCUGGCAAUGGAGCCUCAGUUCUGUCAGAGGCAGGACAAACACACUAUCAAGAGACAGGAUGUAAUCUACGAGCUCAUGCAGACCGAGUUGCACCACCUGCAGACGCUGACUGUCAUGGCGGAGGUGUUUAGGCGGGGCAUGCGGGAUGAAGUAGGGCUGGAUGCAGACACCAUUGGUCGGAUUUUUCCCUGCUUGGAUGAACUUCUCCUCCUGCACAGAGACUUCCUGUCCGCUAUGAGGGAGCGACGCUAUGGCUCUGCUCAGCCUGACAGUGACAGGAACUACCUCAUCCACCGUGUGGGUGACAUCCUCCUGCAACAGUUCUCUCAGGAGAAUGCUGAGACCAUGAAGCAAGUGUACGGGGAGUUCUGCAGCCACCACACUGAUGCCGUCAGCUUCUUCAAAGAGCUCCAGCAGCAGAAUAAGAGAUUUCAGCUCUUUAUUAAACAACAGAGCAGCAACUCACUGGUGAAGAGGCGGGAAAUCCCAGAGUGCAUUUUGUUAGUGACGCAGCGAAUCACAAAAUACCCUGUGCUUAUAGAGAGGAUACUACAGUACAGUGAAGAGGGCACAGAGGAGCACGCUGACCUGUCUGCUGCUCUGGCUCAUAUCCGUGAUUUGAUCUCGGCGGUGGAUUUGCGAGUGAGCCAGCAGGAGCAGAGCCAGUGGUUGAGUGAAGUUCUGAGCCGCAUGGAGAACAAAAGUUCAGCUAAGCUGAAGGACGGCCACACCUUCCGUAAGCAGGACAUGGCCAGCGGCAGAGCACUCCUGCAUCACGGCCCACUUCUCUGGAAGACUGCCACAGGGAGACUGAAAGAUGUGCUGGCACUUCUGCUGACUGAUCUGCUGGUAUUCCUCCAGGAGAAGGACCAGAAGUACUUCUUUGCUGCUGUUGACCAGAAGCCCCCAGUGAUUUCCCUGCAGAAGCUGAUAGUGAGGGAAGUGGCUAAUGAGGAGAGAGGAAUGUUCCUCAUCAGUGCCUCCUCAGUUGGCCCUGAGAUGUACGAGGUGCACACGGCCUCGAAAGACGAACGCAACGCCUGGAUGAGGCUCAUCCGAGAGGCUGUGGUAAUUUGCCAUGAAAAGGAAGAUGAUACUGCAUGUGAAUCAGAAGAAGAGAGAAAAGUGGCAGAAGCAAAGAUCCAGAGAAUUCACAAACUACAAGAGUGUCUGUGUGGUCAGGAUCAGCUGAUCUGCUCCAAUCUGGAGGAGAAGCUGCAGAUCUACGCAGAGCUCUCAGCUAUGGCGGGCCACAGAAACGUGGGGCUGGAGCCCAGGCUGCUGGUACGGCCCGGAACUGAUGAGCUUCCGCAUGCUGCUGUUCUGCUCAGCGCUGCACUCAAAGAGGCGGAGAAUCUGAGAGCAGCUCUAUCAUCUCGCUGUGCCUCUCCAUCCUCUCCAGCCAACCUUCCCACACUGCAGGAGCAGACAGCACCUGACACCUCCAGCAAGGACUCACUUGCUGCUGCUCUUUCUCCUCCUCCUUCACCUGCUGAAGGAGAAUCCCCAUUAGUGGACACACCAAGAACUGAGGAGGAGGAGGUGGGAGGAGAGGAAGGCCUGGAACUCCAACUUCAGAAUCACAGCACAGUGACUGACAAUCAUAAUAUGCAUAUUCAGGUGUGCCAGAGUGUCCAGAGUUUGACCCAGUUGCUUUACAGUCUGCAGGCGGCCGUCACUAUCCAGGAUAGCUACUACGAAGUCCAGCGGCUACUUCUCCUUCUCUUGUCAAACCACGCCCCACACAACACUCAGCCCCGCCCUUCAGUCGGUCUGCAGGAGCAGGAACGGCAGCGGGAGGCAGAACGUCGCCGGGAGGAGGCGGCGGGCGUGGCCCGCCUUCGCAGCACCUUGGCCCGGGAACGGCAGCAGUGGGAGCGCGAGUGCCAUGCCCGGCAGUUUCGGCACAGCCAGCAGGAGAGCGUGCUGGAACAGAGGGAGCAACAGUGCCAUCUGGAGGCGCAGAGGCUUCAGCAUGAGCGCGAGGAGCUGCAGGAGCAACUGCAGGACUACCAGCAGAGCCUGGAGCGACUGCGUGAGGGCCAACGCAGUGUGGAGAGAGAGAGGGAGCGGUUGGAGACCCAACGCAGACUGCUGGACAGCUGGAGACAUGGACGGCAACGAAGUCUGCCUGCCAUGGUCAUACCACUGGACGGUCAGCAGGGCUUCCAUCAUGGUCAGUUUGGCGGCCAGAAUGAGGACAGUUCCAUAUUUGUGAACGAAGCAGCAUUCCUGACUCCCUCCAUGAAUAACAGGCAACUUCAUGAUCACCAGCAUCAGUAUCAUCACAACCCCGACCUGCGUCCUGGACUGCUGGGAUAUACAGAUUCCCCCAGUGCUCAGAAUAGUCUGAACUCUCUCCUGGCCUGGUCCAGUCAUAGACAUCCCACCAUUGGCAUGCCAAACGCUUCCACAACACAAGAGGGAUGGGUGGGAAGCCAAGGUACACAGAACACAAAUAAUGAUGCGGGUUCUCCCAGCCAUGCAGGAGUGGCCUGGACAGCAGGGGUAGCAGGGGUUGGACUUUACCAAGGUGACGCCCUCUCCAUGCCUCCGGCUUAUGUUUCCAUGGAAACGGAGAACCGGGAUGCGGAGGCAGAGGAGAACAUUGUGUAUCUUUGAACUGACAUCUGUUUAGACUUGGUCUGAAGUGAAACUGUUGAAGAACAAACACAAACAGAAAUCUAGUUAUGGUCAGGAAAUUGCAGUGACUCAAAUAAUCAGUAGAGGCUGAACUCACACAUCAGAGCUAGGUCCAUGUUUAUCAUCGGGGAUGUGGGUUUUCGGACCAUUUUUUUCUUUCAUAUCCUGAUCAAGAGCUCUUAGUCUGAUCAACAGUCACAAGUAAACAUUAAACAAACUCUAACCUGACUGUACUAUUAACUAGUUCCAUUUUUCACUGCAGCUACCAAACCAUUCCUAAUCUUUAACCCUUUUACAAGUAUGGUCUCAAUGGUGGGAUUUGCAGUGGCUGGACCCUAGAGAGUACAAUUCCACCGGCGUGAUUCAAACACAGCGGUUAGAAUGUUUAGCUUCAAAUAGUGACAAAACAGUCAUUUUUCAUUCUGUUUGUUCAUCAGAUCUGGCUGCUGAUUUGUCUUCACACAACAUACAGAGUACCACAAAAAUGCAGCCAAAACAUUGUGACAUUUUCAGCACAAAUCUUUGUUAAACUUGUCCUUUUAUGCUCAGCAGGGUUGUAACAAACUUUCCCUCAGGCCUCCCUUAAUCUGAGAUAAAAAUCCAGUGAAAAUGCAAGUCUGUGUCCAAACAAAAUCCACAUAGAACCAUAACAUGGGUAAAAAACACAGACAGCCUGCACAAUUGGCUGUUUUUGCAUUAUUUAUCAGCAAAGCCGUUAGUUUUUAGUAUUAAGAAGUAGUGGAGAGCUGUCAGCACAGGCUGUUAACAAAAAAACAGUGAAGUAGCGUACAGUUAGCUGUGGGCAGUAUGGCAGAAAUAUUAUAUCACAAGUUGGAAUAGACAAAAUAAAAUCUGUAGUGCCACAGUAUGUGACGCCGGGGAGUGAUGAGGCGGACGCAUGCGCGUAGAAAAGCAAGAUUUAUUUGGGGCAAAUCCAGGGACGUGGUCAUAACAGUCCAGGUUUAAUAAGCCAACACAGAGAAAUGGAGGGAAAAAAAAUAAUGA